GAGUCAGUCUCCUACCAACCGUCAAAAGCAUAGGGUGUAGGAUCCCAUACCUGUGAAUCCUACAUGCUUGCUCUCUUUUUAUAACCACCUGUGAUUUACCUGUAGCUACAGUUCUUCUAAUCAAGGACUUCUAGGAUCUUCAGGAAUUAAGGGCGGACAUGUCACACCCACAGCACCCGAAGGAGUUGGAUCAGUGGGGGGCGCAGAACACUUGGGGGGUGGGGGCGACAGGGGGGGCAGCAGCCGUACCCCCACCCUCCUACGACGAAGCAACCUCAAAUGCCCCCCCAGCCACCUCCCCCAACUUCAUGCCCCCCUCCACCGCCCCCACCGCCCCCUAUCUCCCUACGGCAACCACCCCCACUGGUCCCUACCCUUACCCUACAACCAGUGCCACCCCUUACCCAUCCACGAGUACUGCCCCCUACACAUCCACAGCCCCCUAUCCUGACCCGACUAGCCCCCCUUUGCACCCCGCUCCCUUCACCACCCCCAUCCACGGCCAGUCCACCAAGCACCCGAACUAUGGCCUAAACAUGGGACCCUUUCAUCAAGACUCGUCGGAGACUAGAGGGGCAGAACUGACUGAUAGAGGGCCUGUCAUCGCCGCCCCGGUUAGGCCGAUUGGCAGCAGCAAGAGAUUGAGGGUGGUGAUGUUCCUCUUUGCCAUAGCGAUCAUUUUGUUUGUGGGUUACCUGCUGAAGCUGCUCAUUGGCACGAUAUUAUGGUAUUAGGUAGGAUCUUAGCCCAUUCUUGAACCUAUCGACCCCUCAGUUCGUCUAUUUGAAAAGUCUCGUGGAAGUUGCUGGGCUUUUCAUGGACUGUUUUGUGAUGCAGGGGAUAGUUUUACACGCCCUCUGCACUCUUGUUGGACUUCUUGAACGUCUCGGCCCCACAGUUCGCCUAUUUGAAAAGUCUCGUGGAAGUUGCUGGGCUUUUCAUGGACUGCUUUGUGAUGCAGGGGAUAGUUUUAUACGCCCUCUGCACUCUUGGGCUUCUUGAACGUCUCGGCCCCACAGUUCGCCUAUUUGAAAAGUCUCGUGGAAGUUGUUGGAUAUUUCAUGAACUGUUUUGUGAUGCAGGGGAUAGAUUUACACGACUCUGCACCCUCAGCUGGAAAAUCACCCAUGAGAACCUGGUUACUCUUUCCUGUUGCCCUGCUGGAGCCCGAUACGCUUAAGAAUAUAUGGAUCUAGCGAGGAGGAGGAGAAAGAGAGGAGAGUGAAGAGGAUGAAGUGUAUGUGUGCGUGUGUGUGUAUAAGAUGCCACCCCUCACCUCUCCCUUCCGAUUUUUUAGAUAGGCAGAAAGAGGGAGGUGUGUGAGGAAGGAUAAGGAUGUGUGUGUGUGUGUGUGUGUGUGUGUGUGUGUGUGUGUGUGUGUGUGUGUGUGUGUGUGUGUAACGGUGCCUUCCUCCACCCUCGCUCUUCCAUCGGUGAAUGUCCCUAUUGAUUGAUUACUCUUUAGAUCGGCUGUUUCUAUCCUAAACUUCAUCUUGCUCUUUCAAACUUAUUUACUUCCCUUUAUCUUAACUAUUGGCACUAGCUAUUUGCAUCCUAUAUCUUGCUCUGUCUACUCUGUCCAUACGCGCCUCUAUCUGUCUGUCGAAUGAGGUGCUUCCUAUAUAGACACAUACGGGUACCUACACUUUCUACAACGUGGCGCUGCAGGAACUAGUCUCUUAUAUUAUUAUUAUUAUCGGGGGCUCCCGUGGUCCCGCGGUAGUCUCCGCCUUGCGCUCCGGUGGUGUGCUGGAGCGUAUGGGUUCGAGACCUGCCCGGUGCCAUGGGAGUGGAAAGGUGGGCUCUUUCGGACACCCUCAGCCCGUCGGUGGGCCUCCUCCUUGAAAAAAUUGGGCAUCUCUCUAGGUGUUGUGCGGCAUGCACCGCCUUCCUCCCUUGGGGCAUAUAUCCCCAACGAAAUGCCAAAAAAAAAGAAGAGAAAAAAAGUUAUUUUUACCACUUAGAUAAUGUGUAUUUUGUAAUCUUAUAUAUAUAAAUGUGCAAUGCAAUAAA